CUCAUCAUCUCCAGGACCACAGACACCUUGGACUUUUGACGGUCCAGUAUCUGGACUCAGAUGUUCUUCACGGAGGACGUUCAGCCGGGACGACACUGAGACCUUAAACCUGAAGGCCCUGUGAGGAACCUCGGAGCGAACACUGGCCGAGUUAUCUCUCGUUGCCUUGAGCCUACCCGAUCAGAGACCAUGAAGUCCCGUCGACCCAGCUGCACCGACUCAGGAUCCGAGUCUUCCGAGCUGGACUCCAAGAGCCCAGAGAAGUACGAGAGUGCGGUGAGGAGACGGAUGGCUGCCAACGCCAGAGAGAGGAAGAGAAUGCAGGGUUUGAACACAGCUUUUGACCGUCUACGCAAAGUGGUGCCACAGUGGGGGCAGGACAAAAAGCUGUCCAAGUACGAGACCCUGCAGAUGGCUCUCAGCUACAUCAUGGCUCUGAACCGGAUCCUGACGGACACCAGGUGGCACGCCGCUCCUCACAAGCAGUGGCUGGACCUGCAGCUGGACGUGGAGCCUGAGAACUACUCCUGCCUCAUGAGGUACGAGCAUCCAGUGGAGCAGGAUUACCCGUCCCUCUCCUAUCACUUCGAUGAGGUCCACGUAUGAACUGCUUCCCUUUGGUGGACGAUUAGAAGUCUGUAACGACGUGAAUAUUUUCCCUCUGACCUGGGAAAUCGUAAAUACAUUUGUAUUGCUUUAUUCCUGUUUUGUAUUUAUUUGUACGACAAUCAGACGCACAUCUGAUUUUAUUUGAAGUAUGACUAUGGAAAAAAAGUGAGUGCAUUUUUGUUCAAGUCAAAGAAGAGAAAGAAUCAGAAGGACAAACAAGAACACGGGUUAUUUUAUUUAUAUAUUUUUAUGUUUAUUAUUAUCGCCUAAAAAUGUGGUGCAAUGCUCAGUGAAAGCUUAGAAAACGAUCGAGUCAAGAACUUGUUUGUUUGAUGAAAGAUAGACGUUAUUUUUUUA